UUUUAUUUCGACGUAUUUAAUUUUGCUAUUUUUUUGUUUUUUGUUUUUGGAAAAUGUACACUGUAUGUACCAAGAGCUCAACGCCAGAGGUCUCCCAAUCGCCCGUUACUAUAAAUACGGGCCUGCCCGGCUUGGGGAUUUGUAUAAAACUCGAGCCACUUUGUCCGUUGACAAACAAGCAGCCAACUACACGUUCUUCUUUUUCUCUUGUCUUUUUUAAAAAGCAAAUUACAGUUUUGUAAACGGUAAACAAGUUUGCGACGACAACCCAGUUAAACCACACAACACAGUUUCGGUCUCCCGAAGGACGUCUUUAUUAUAUCAAUAUAACCGGUGUGCCAUUUAAUUUGAAAACUUGUCUUUGUUUGCUGUGAAAAUGAUGGAAACGACUAGUGCCGAAAUCGACAUGUCCUCGCUAAAAUCUGCCUUGACGACCAGUUCACUAAGUCAACAGAUGCUCUCGUUGGCCAGCAGUACGUUCCGACUGGCCGCAACGGCGCUGACUCGACUCCAGCAGCAGCACCAGCAACAGUCUGAGCAAUGGCAGACGGAAUUGGCCAGUUUGGCCCACCUGCCGGAAUAUUCGCUGCAACAGGUUUCCUGGCACGACCGACCCGACGACUGCUGGAUCGUCCUCAACGACAAAGUCUACAACGUCACCAAACUGGUCGACGGACAUCCGGGCGGAAUGGAAGUCAUGAUGGAACAGGCCGGACGUGAUGCCACUUUGGCCUUCCGCUCCGUCGGCCACUCCAUCGACGCCAUCGAACAGGUCGACGAAUUCCUCGUCGGAAUCUUGCCCGAAAAAGAGCGCAUGUACCUGCGAUCCCGCAAAUUACCAUGAAAUAUACUCUUCCGGAUUCCGGACCCACAAAAUCUUAGGAAAUAAGAGAAACAUUUCUUGUCGAUUGAAUCCUAUAGUGUAUUAUGACAUUUUGAGAUUUUGUUGCUAAUUUAUUUACUAACCCCAUCUGUGAUAAUUUUGUUAAUCCAAUCCUUUGCCACGAUUAAACGAUUAUUUGGUUAAAAUUA